AUGGAGCAGUGGAAAAAUGUAGCCUUUUCCAAAGAGGAAGAGGAAGGUGUGGUGGUGGCGGAGGAGGAAGUGUGCGAGGAAGAAUCUUUUCAGACGACCUUAGCGGGUAGACUCUGGAUGGAUAGCAGUUACAACGUGAGAGCAUUUAAGAGUACUAUGAUUAAUGCUUGGAGAUUGAAGAACCAUGUUGAAAUCCAGGAUCUCAGCAAAAACCUCUUCUUGUUCAAGUUUGCAUCGAAGAGGGAUUUGGAGUCGGUUCUAAAGAAUGGACCUUGGAGUUUCGACAGAGCUCUGUUAGUCUUGAAGAGAGUUUCAGGUGAAGAGCAGCCGUCAGAUCUGAAUAUGCAUUUUAGCCCUUUCUGGGUUAGAAUCUACGAACUCCCGUUGAUGCUCCGAUCUGAGGCCAUGGCAAGAAAGAUUGGGUCUAUCAUCGGUACUUUCGAAGAGAUGGAUACAAGAGAAGCAUGCAGGAACGGGCGUUUUCUGAGAAUCAAAGUUACGGUGGACCUAAAACUACCUCUGAAAAGAGGAACAAUGGUUAAAUUCAAAGAGAAGAACCUGCGGGUGCAUUUCAAAUAUGAGAGGUUACCAACCUUUUGUUUCGUCUGUGGGAGGAUCGGACACCAGCUGAAAGAUUGUGAGUCACUGGAGGAGCUAACUGAAGCGGGUUUUGAGGAGCUGGAGGAGCAGGAUUUAUCCUAUGGACAAUGGUUAAGAGCUUCACCGUUACCCAAGAUGAGUGAUCAAGUGAAGAAGAAGGAGUCCAGUUCUGGGAAUUGCAGCAAGAGUUUGUUCAAUGCCCCAUCCAGUCAGAGUAGAUGUGAACCGAAAGAGAAAGGCUUGCUGGAGGACAAUGAAGUGCAACAAGCUCAGGAGGGUGGAGAUCCAAAGAGGCUGGUUUCAGUGAACUCAAAGUAA